AUGCAGGUGAUCAGGCUGGACAAGAGGUUUAGAAGAAUGAAUCUGUUUGAUGUUGGAGGAUGCAUUAUUGAUGGAAUUGAGUACCUUGAGGAAAUUUUGGAGUCGAACAUGAAUGCUACUAAAGAGGACGACAAGCAUCUGUAUAUGCCUUUGAUGAUUGGAAAGCUAAAGACAGAUGACUUUACUGAAGAGGACUGCAGAAACGGGCUUUUGAUUGUGUGUGUGAGUUUGCUAGAGACCAAUUCUGUAAACGAAUUCCUGAAGCGAUUUUUCCAGAGAUUUACAGUAAGGACAGUUGAAGAGUGGAAGGAAAUUGAGUUUUGUUCUCUGGAUGAUGCAUCAAGAUGUCUGUGUCUCAGCAACAAAGAUAUUGCUUUUUAUAGGCCAAGGAGAUAUAUUGAGCUUCCGAAUGAAUCUGAUGUAAAGAUGAGCGGAAGCAAGUACUGCCAGGAUAUUCCCUGCACAGAAAAUAAGAUUAUUUUGGGACCGCUGGAUGUGAACUAUGCUGACCUUAGGGAUGCACUUGACAGGAUUGCACCUCUUCGAGGCUUCAGAGUGUGUGAAGAUGCAAGGUAUUUUGUAUUCACCUUUAUGGACGAUGAUUUCUGUGAUGCAUUUGUGAGAGUUACAAGCCAUGUUUAUAUGGCUGAUUGCAGCCAGCCGCUUGUGUCCAGAAAGGCAUAUGACGGAUGUGUUCUACUGGACCUUGGGCGAAAUGUUCCGAAGAUUGCACCAAGAAGGCUUGCAGGACGUGUUGCGCUCAGCAAGGAGCGAACACGCAUUGUUGUGCUGCUGAAUGUUGUUUCAUCAUGCGAUGAUGUUGUGGAAGAGAUUUUGCACGAAGUAAAAGAGCAAUGCAAAUAUUGUGGAGAUAUACGCAAUGUGGUUGUUCCUGCUUUAAAGCACGGGUUUAAAAGACAGCCAGGAAGCUCAACGAUUUUUAUUGAGUGUGGUGAUAUUGAGACAUCCGAAAAGGUGUAUAGAGAGUUCGGGGGGCUUGUGUAUGACGAACGAAUAGUUGUUGCAGGAUACUAUCCCGAGAUGAAUUAUGUGGCAGGAGAAUAUGAAUGA